AUGCCAAUCAAAACAUUGGAUACAGUCGUGGUGAAUACAGGUUCUCAGAAUGACCAACAUUCUGCCUCGGUACCACCGGUAUAUCUGUCGACCACUUUCAAAGUGGACCUGAAUAACGAGGCCGCACAGAAUUACGAUUACUCCAGAUCGGGAAACCCUACGAGAAGCGUUCUGCAGAACCAGAUCGGUAAGCUCUACCGUGUCCCACAGGAGAACGUGUUGGCCGUCAGCAGCGGUAUGACGGCGCUAGAUAUUAUUUUGCGUGGGCUGGUCUUACUCAACGGCACCGAAGACCAUACUCCAACAAUAAUAGCUGGUGACGAUCUUUACGGGGGCACUCAAAGACUGCUGAAUUUCUUCAAGCACCAGACCCACGCUGUCACGGUCCACGUGGACACCUCCAAUUUUGAAAGGUUCAAGACCGUUUUCCAAUCCCUAGAUAAGGUCGACUGUGUUCUUUUGGAAUCUCCAACAAACCCGCUUUGCAAAGUGGUGGACAUCCCUAAAAUACUACGUUUUGUGAAAUGCGUCUCUCCCGACACCAAAGUCAUCGUCGACAAUACCAUGAUGAGUGGUCUCAAUUGCAAUCCUUUGCAACUGAACCCAAGCUGCGAUGUCGUGUACGAGUCUGCCACCAAGUAUCUCAACGGCCAUCACGACUUGAUGGGCGGUGUUAUCAUCAGUAAAACGGCCGAAAUUGCCUCGAAGUUGUACUUUGUGGUCAAUUCUACGGGGGCGGGUUUAUCUCCCAUGGAUUCCUGGCUCCUUGUGAGAGGCUUGAAGACUCUGGGAGUCAGGUUACAUCAACAACAGAGAAAUGCGAUGAUUUUGGCCCAUUGGCUGGAAGACUCGUGCGGGUUCAAACCUACCAGCACAAACAAAGCUACAAAGACCAGAUUCGUGGGAUUACGCUCCAACCCAGAUUUCAAGCUCCAUCAAUCGUUCAACAAUGGGCCAGGUGCUGUGCUGUCUUUCGACACAGGUUCAUUCGAGCAUUCAAAGAGACUGGUAAGCUCCAAGAAACUGAACAUAUGGGCUGUUACGGUGUCUUUCGGAUGCGUGAAUUCGUUACUAUCUAUGCCUUGCAAGAUGUCCCAUGCCUCCAUUGACCCCGAACUGAGAAAGGAAAGAGACUUCCCCGAGGAUUUGGUUCGUCUUUGCUGUGGUAUUGAAAAUAUCGUGGAUCUGAAAAAAGACUUGCUGGCAGCAAUGGUUGACGCAGAUAUUAUAGAAAUUAGAGAUAACGGCAAGUAUCUCUACAAUAAUUUGAAUAAACACUUGGCUGUGAAUACCACCGUCGACAACUUGCAUAAGCCUCUAAGUAUUUACGAAGAAUUUUACAAUGAAGAUUUCAUCAGAAAGGAUUCAGAAUUGAACAUCAAGGGUUCAAAGCUAUAG